UCCAAAAACUCCAACACGCUGGUGGCCGCCACCCAGACGCGCCGCAAACAGCUGCAGGAGUCGAUGAACAAGGCCCUGCGCGCCCAGGAAGAGCGCAACCAGCACGAACGCGAACGGGUCAAGGUCAGCAUGCUGCCGGUGCUCAAGAUGGCCGCCAUCGAGCCCGUACCGCACCAAGUGGCCGACGAGCGUGAGGUUGAAGUGGACGAGAACGGGAAGAUCGCUGACACCGGCACGGUGACCAGGCACACCCUCACCUCGCUACCGGUGUUCCCCACGGCGCUGGGCACGGCCAUUCUGCAGCUGGUCGAUCUGCUGGACGACGUCGGUGUCGACAAUUGCGGCAUUUUUGUGUGCGAUCUGGCCUUCCACACCAUCUGGGAGGGUAUCGUGGAGGAUGCCGUGCUGUUUCUGCGCUAUGUGUUGGAGAAGGUCAGCAGCAAGGAGAAGCAGGCGCUGAUCCUGCGCAAGAUCCGCAAACUACUGGCCUUCAUGCCGCGUCUGCCGCCGCAGGCCGCCUGCACCAUCUUCAAUCAUCUGCUGGGCUACUGCAUGUCCUACGUGCGGAACCCUAACGAGAACAACUACCACGGCGUGGAAGCGGUGAUGUCGGUGAUGUGGCAGAUCGUCCCCUCGGUCGACGGGAUCUCUUUCAAGGAGAUCAAGACCAUCCUGCGCCGCGAACAGUGCGACGCCCACCUCCUCCUCACCGCCAACGUCCCCGGCGCCAAGAAGGUCAUCGUCCACGGCCCCGAUCUCACCCAGAUCCCCUCGCAGAUCCCCGUCAGCGAGGACACCCAGUUCCAGGAACUCUUAACCGAAGCGCUGGAUUUCUUCUCCAUUUCCACGAACGACGGGAGAAUUAUAUUCUAUGUGACCAGCGCACGGGGAGGGCGCACCAUCCCAGUGGUUGGCCUCCCAUCUGCUCUGCAACCUGUCCCGCCCCACCUCGAGGUACAGCUCUCCUACGCCGACAUCCAAAUGCUCUUGUCCGUGCUGAACGGCGUCCUAGUGCUCCACUGCCAGGACUCGGCGACCCUGCGCCUGUGUCUGGCGACGUGCAUCACCCUGGCACAGAACUUGAAGUACCUGUUCGCCUCUACCGGCUUCCUGCUGAUCAUGCCCACCGUCCUGCGCAUGUACGCCGCCCACCAGACCAACCACCUCCUCAUCCACACCCUCGAGUUCGCCUGCAGCCAGUUCUUCCUCCUCCACCGCAACCCCUUCCUCCUCCAGAUGUUCGGCUCGGCCGCCGGGUUAUUGGAGCUGAGUCAGGCCGAUACCGGGAUUAAACCGCUGAAACGACAGCAUAUGAAGAAGAUCCUCUUCUCGCUGGGACGCUUUGCCCUGCGGCCGUCCAAGGUCGUCCAGACAGCGUUGAUUCAUUAUCCCCUGGGCAGUCUGGAUAUUCUGGAAAAGGUGGACGGGAAGAAGCCGCUGCAGCCGUUGGACUUUUGCUACCAGACCGAUAUGGGCAACCUCACCGCGCAGAACAUCCUGACCUCGGCGGUAUCGAGCUGCAUCGCCGUGAUCGCCUUCGACAGCGCGGCGAGUUCGCGGGGACGUAGAUGGCGGACGCUGCUCAACGAGGAGGUGUGGUACGAUGAGAAGCCGGCGGAUGGGCAUAGUGCCCGUACUGCCAAGGACGAACUGCAGAAGAUCAUCUCACUGGCUGGCAGCUUGAAGUCGUUAAUAUUCUCCUGCGAAUCCCUGACCCGCCUUGCCGUGCCGGUCCGCUCCCCUGCCGCCCCGGAGGAACGCUCCGUGGUCAUGGCGUCGCCGUCGCAUGUCGGUCGCGAUCACGACGUGGAGGCCAACCGACCGAAGAUCAUCACGAUCCACGAGCCGCCGGAACCGACCAACCAGCAAGCCGAGUUCAGUUACCCGCGCAACCACCUGCUGGCCAUCGUUGCCCACUUUUUGACCACGGCCAACCAGCGCAUCCGCCACCUGAGCAAAUUCCUCGGCGAUCUGGCCACCCGUCCGCCCGAACUCUUAGACGCCAAGAGCCACGUGCGACUGGCGUAUGUGGCGCACACCCUGCUGAAAGUGGCGCCGUAUGAUAAGGAGGUGAUGGCUUGUGAAGGUCUGGAGCACUACAUGCUGGACAUCCUGCCCACCGUCGAUUUCUCCAUCGAAGCCAUGAUUUCGCUCUGAGGACAGUAAAUUCUCAAUAAAAUUCAUUUAAAUUCCUCUGAAAUCAUUUCUAAUUGUGUGAACAGGAACGCGGCGGCCAAGAUCAUCCAGGGCCUGUCGCGCACCUUAUGCACCAACAACCUGAUGGCGCUGAUGCCACAGUUGCGCGCCAUCACGGGCACCUGCAUCCACCUGACCCUGGGGGAGGCCGCCUCGGGCGACACCGUCCUGGCCUCGCCCAUCCCCGUCGGCACCAUCUCCACCCUCCCGCCCCUCGUCACCGUCCCUUCCGUCUUCCGCGACGCCACCAUCGACCUCACCGCCAUCUACCUCCAAGCCGGCCGCGAAUACUGCAACCGCGAGCAACUCUGCGCGCAGUUCAGCGACCGCUUCCUGCGCCUGGUCGUCUGCUUCCUCUUCCCCUUCGUCCUGCGCUUAGGGAGCGAGAGCACCGAUCUCCCAUCCAUGCGCAUCGAGGACCUCCGCUACAUCGUCCGCACCCUCGUGUCACUACUGCACCCGCCCGUGUCCAAGCAGUUAACUUCGAAACAGCUGGCGGUCAACCAGCACAUCGUCCGCACCAACAGCAACAUGUCCAACCCGCCCAGCAUCGUUCCUUCAUCACAACAGCUGACGCGGCCGCCGCGCGAGGAUAACGUCGUUCCCAAUAACGUCAACAGUAAGGUCAUUACGGUGUCGGUGGUGCACACGGCGCGUCCGCCGUCCAUUAAAGCCAACGUCCCGAUGCGGACGCACAGUGUGGAAUCACUAAACGACGACGAAGAAAUUUCCCCGCUGAAAUGA